CACACACACAAAGGUAAUCUUGCAGAGAAAAGAGGGGAAAUACCAAACGAGUGUGUGUGUGUUUGAGUGGUGUGUGUUGUGCACUGCUGUGUUGACUGUGUGCAUGGUGUGAAAACCAGUGCGUCCAACCGGCCGGCAUGGGAUGGUCGGCCGGCUCUGGACUGGUUAUGGACUGGUUUAACCAAAGCAAAGGUGCUGAUAUUUGCUGAAGAUGAGUAGUGGGGGAGGAAACACCCUGGAGCCCCCCAGAGGGGGAGAGUCUCUGAAGAGGAAGGACUGUCAGUCAGACCUCUUGGGGCACAGCCCUAAGAGGAGCACUGAGAGGAGGAACCGGGAGCAGGAGAACAAGUACAUCGAGGAGCUGGCCGAGCUGAUCUUCGCCAACAUCAACGACAUGGACGACCUCAACGUCAAGCCGGACAAAUGUGCCAUCCUCAAGGAGACGGUGAAACAGAUCAGGCAGAUCAAGGAGCAGGAAAAAGCUCCAGUGGCUGAUGCUGAAGAGGUGCAGAAGGCCGACGUCUCCUCCACAGGACAGGGUGUCAUCGAUAAAGACGCCCUUGGCCCCAUGAUGCUGGAGGCCCUGGACGGCUUCUUUUUUGUGGUCAACAUGGAGGGCAACAUAGUGUUUGUCUCAGAGAACGUCAGCCAGUAUUUGCGCUGUCAGCAGGAGGAGCUGAUGAACACCAGCGUCUACAGCGUGCUGCAUGUUGGAGAUCACGCCGAGUUCGUCAAGAACCUCCUGCCCAAGAGCCUGGUCAAUCAUUGCAGCACUGAUUCAUCCAACAGGAACAGCCACACGUUCACCUGUCGUAUGUUGGUCAACCCUUAUGGUGACGGUGAAGCCCGGCCGGCGUCGGACCAGCAGGACGGGUCACAGCAGAAGUACGAGACCAUGCAGUGUUUCGCCGUCUCCGAACCCAAGUCUAUCAAGGAAGAGGGGGAAGACUUCCAGUCAUGUCUCAUCUGUGUGGCAAGAAGAGUCCCUGUCAAAGAGAGACCUGUGAUGCCCACGUACGAGAGCUUCACCACGCGACAGGACCUUCAAGGUAAGAUCACGUCCCUGGACACCAGUCUGCUCCGUGCAUCCAUGAAGCCGGGCUGGGAGGACCUUGUUCGGCGUUGCAUUCAGAGGUUUCACCUGCAGAAUGAAAGGGAUAUGUCUUUUGCUAAGAAACACCAGCAAGAUGUGCUGAGGAACGGCCAUGCGCUCAGCCCUCUGUACAGAUUCUCCCUGGCUGACGGCACCAUCGUCUCAGCUCACACUAAGAGCAAGCUGGCCCGAUCUCCAGUCACCAACGAACCACAGCUCUACAUGUCGCUGCACAUCCUGCACAGGGAAAACAUGGGUGGCAUGACCACAGACGUACCUGGCAGCCAGGGCACAGCCAAGCCAAUGACCCCAACCAGUGUGAGUGGUCCCUCCCCUUCCCCAGAUGGCAGUGUCACCAGCAACACGCACGACUCCACCUCGGCCUCCAGUGCCCCUGGACGUGGUUUUGUGGCUGUAUUGGGUCGGGCUCCCACGCCUCAGGGAAGCAGCCAAGCACUCAAGCUGGGCAGCCCUUCAGCCCAGGCAAGCCCCAGCGUCACGUCAGGGGCCCAGGGAGCCUUGUUGUCUCCUCGUCAUCGCCAGAGCCCCACCAUGGCGGCUAGUAGCAGCUGUAGUAGCCCUCACCUCCAACAUCCCCCUGGUUCUUUCUCUCCUGCAGCCGGACUCCACUCGCCAGCAUCCGUAUGCAGCAGCACAGGAAAUAGCCAAGGAUUCAACUCCCUCAGUGCACUGCAGGCCCUCAGCCAGGGCCACAGGGUUUCCCAGGGACUCACCGAGGGCCAGCAUCCAGAGUCACCUGACAGAAAGACGUUUGCUCUUCACAGCAGCAGCACCGGUAGCCAACAAGCCCAGAACAAUCCCAGCGAGCCUGGCUUAUUGGGAACGUUUGGGGAGCAGCAAGACUUGUUGUCCCCCACAAACCACGAGGGUGAGCGGGAGAAAGAUGGUGACCCUGACCAUUUCGAAGGUAAUGGAAGCUUAGGGGAGCCCGGCGACGCCCCAAAUCGCCCUCUAAACACAAAAGGGCACACUAAGCUGCUCCAGCUCCUCACCACCAAAUUAGAGCCCUCUGAUCCUUGCUCUUCACCCCCCCUGGGGGACGACCAGAACUGUAAGGACCAGCUGGGUGGGAUUGGGGGUGUGGGUGGGGCUGGGCAUAACAACCACUCCACCUCCCUAAAGGAGAAACACAAAAUUCUCCACAGGUUGCUGCAGAACAGCACCUCGCCCGUGGAGUUGGCUAAACUAACGGCUGAGGCUACCGGAAAAGACCCCAUUGGUCCAGAGUCAGCUUCAGGGGACAACAUGGCUGCCCUGGGUGAACUCUGCACAAAACAGGAGCCAGGGAGCCCCAAAAAGAAAGACAAUGCAUUGCUGCGCUAUCUGUUGGAUAGGGAUGAUAACGGCCUUCUGGAUAAAGCCAUCAAGAUGGAACCCGGUGACGGACCCAAGCUGUCCAACAUUAAGAUGGAGAAAGAGGAAGCGGGUUUCAGCAUGGCGGACCAGACCAGUGAGCUGGAAGAACUGCUGGAGGACCUGCAGAGCGGCAGCCAGCAGCAGCAGCUGUUUGCAGGCCAGCCAUCAGUCAGAAGACCAGCCUCCUCUUCGUCCUCCUCUUCCUCUGUGCCGCCUGGUUCCUCUGUGGACAAGCAGGGCAUCAUCAGCGACAUCCUGCAGAUGACAGAAAGCAGCAGCCGCAGCCCCCCCAACCAGCCCAGAGCCUUCCCUCACAUCAACCCUGCAACAGGUUUGAAUGGUGCCAGGCCAGGCCAACCGGGUCGAGGUGCUCCUCCAGUCAGGAGCACCUCUCUGGACAGCAGUAUGGGCCCCAACCCCAACACUGGCAGGCCAUUCCCUCCUCAGCACAGGAACAAUGGCCCCUACUCCUUACUGCAGCAACAACAACCACAGCAGCAGCAGCAAGGCAUGAUGGGAACCCACGCAGGCAUGGCCAAACAGGCUGCGAUGGCCAAUCCAGGCAUGCUGAGUAACGGGUCAAUGCGGGGUUCCAUGCAGCAGGACUGGGGUCCCCUGGGGCCCAUACGGGGUACUGCGGGGCCAAUGAUGGGCCAAGGGGUUGGACCAAGUCGAAUGGUACCCAACAUGAAUGCUGUGCAGCCCACGAGGGGCCCGCCUGGAUCCAGAGCCAUCAACAUGCAGAUGAUGGGCAACGAGAUGGAGAUGGCAAACUCUGCCUACCCUCAGCAACAAGCCCCGCCCACUCAGACUGCGCAAUGGGCAAACCAAAUGAUAGCUAUGGAUCACUAUGGAAACCAAAGCAGGCCACCGUACGGCGUCCCCCGUGAGGAUGGGAUGCGGUGUUGCGGCACAGGGCCUGAGGGCCAGCCAGAUGAAGGAGCCCUGCUGAGCCAGCUGUGCUCAGUGUUGAAGGACUAUGAGGGUCUGGAGGAGAUCGACAAGAUGCUGGGAAUCCCUACACUGGCUGGACAGGGUUCCAUGUCAGACCAGGACCAGUAUCUCGUCUCCUCGGACCCAGCAGCCAACAUGAAGCCGCUCAUGUACAGUCAACACUACAGUGGCCACCCAGGUUAUGGCGGCAUGGCUCCUGAUGGUGGGUUCCACGGCCCCUCUAUGAGCGGCCACAUGGGGCCACAGAGGAUGGCGCCCGCUGGUUAUCCCCCAAUGAUGAGGAUGCCUGGGAGCUUGGGUCCUAGACCGGUCGGGAUGAGGCCAGGGGGGCCCAAUCCAGGAGUGCCUCAGCCUAACAACCUGAGGCUCCAGCUGCAGCACAGACUCCAGGCCCAGCUGAACCGUCAGCCCAUGGGGAACCAGAUGAGUGGAGUGUCCAAUAUGAAUCUACCUCUAAGGUCUAAUGUACCAAACCAGGGAUCCCUCAACGCCCAGAUGCUGGCCCAGCGUCAGCGCGAGUACCUCAACAGCCACCUACGCCAGCGCCAGCAGCAGCAGCAGCAGCAACACGUGCACCAGCAGCGUGCCAUGAUGAUGCGGACUCAGGGUAUCAACAUGCCUCCUAACAUGCCCAGCGGGGGUAGCGCUCCUACGCCGAUGCCCAUAGGUGGCACCAACCCACGGCUUCCGCAGGGCAACCCACAGCAGUUCCCCUACCCAGCCUCCAGCUACGGUACCGGCCUGCCCUCUCCUCCUCCACCUCCUCCUCCUCAUCCCGGCUCCUGCAGCCCGUUCACCUCCCCUCUUUCCCCUAGCCCUCAUCUGGCUAGCCAGGGCAUGAUGGGAAAUGUAGGCGGGCAGUACAGCGGGGUAAUGAGUCCUCCAUCACAGCACAAUGCCUACCAGUUCAGCAGUUCAGGAAUGAGCCAGCAGCAGCAACACCAGGAUGCCGUGUCAGGUUUUCCGUGUGGAGUGAUGACCCCGCAUAGCCCCCUGCUGACCCCCAGGAUUGGGCAGGGUCAAAGUUCGAUGCUGCAACAGAACCAGGGUCAAUCAGGACCCCCAACCCAGCCCCAGGGUCCGAACCAGAGAGGAGAACCGGGCUACCAGCCGAGCAACGGAUGGCCCCAACCUGCCAACAUCUCCACCAGCAACGGUGUGUACCCCCAACAGUUCCAGUCCCAGUCCCAGUACUCCACACAACCCAACGGAGGAAUGUACAACAGCAACAACAACAUGAACCUGGGAGUCGUGGCCAACAAUGGUGGCAACAUGAACCAGAUGUCAAGACAGAUGAGCUCCAUGAAUACAGAGCAGGUGAGAGACGGCAGCCUGAUCCUGGAGCAGCUGGCGGGAAUCGACAUGUUGACACAAGAGGGUGAAGCUAAUUCUAAUUUCUGCUGACCCUGGCUGUGGUUGAGACAAAGUAACACAUGAGCUAAUUCAAAAACAUUGUCACCUAAUCAGCUCAUCUAAUGGAGAAGCAUCAAGGAGUGGAGGACACAUGAUGGAAACACUGCUCCCUCUGUCACAGCAGCCGACUCCGAUGCACUAUAGGGAGAGGAGGACCAUAUACUGGAUAGGAGAGAGGACAUUUGUGUGUGUAUGUUUAUGUGUCAAACUGAAACAUCAGUUCGACACUAGAUGAGUUGAAUGGUUGACAAACAUAAAUUAAAUUGUAUUCAUUAUGGUUCUAUUUUAGAGCCUGACUAAAAACGUCAAAUGAGGUUUAUGGAAAAUAUUUUACAGGUAUUUAUAGUUUUGAAGAGAUUUUAGAGAUUCUUUGUAUGUCACAAAAAUCAAGGAUAUCUUUCUUUAAGGAAAUCUCUCAAAGUGGUUCAUUUUGAUGUCGAUUUUUAAAUUAAUAUAUUUCAACUGCUGUAGAUAUAGGGGAGCUGUAUCCUUAUUUAAUGACUUUUUGAAUGAAUGUGAACGUGUAUAGAUAGUGUAAAUACUUAGAUUUUUUUUAAAAACAACCUUUUCCUCUAUCUGGUAUAGCAAAACAGCAGUUUGGAGUCCAAUAAACAUCUCUCAGAGAGCAGAAACAUUUCAUUGGUUACAUAAAUCAUCAGUAGGUGGAGCUAAAGAACCACAAGACAUCAGGAGUGCAAGUCAAUUCAUGUGGCUUACUUGAAUGGUAAACUAAAUGUUUCAAUACCAUGAACUUGUUUUUCAGUGCUGUUGGGACCAGAAUAAAAACUAGCUAUGAAACAACUAGCUGUUGCUAUUUUGCUAUUUUCAAUUUGAAAGUUCAGCUAAGCUAACUAGCUAAGCUAGUUAACUUAGUGUCAGCAGCUCGAAGCUUUGCAGUUAAGUAGCAAAAUGCUACGCUUCAAAAUAUUUCUUUUCCUAGAGUUUAGCUCUUGCGUUUGGUUCAGAAUGAAAUAUCUUUACUAUUGGAUGGAUUGCCAUGAAAUUUGGUACAUACUUUUAUAAUUCCCCUACAUGAAAUGGAAUAUCUUUGACCCCUCUGACUUGGCAUCUAGCACCAUGCUAAAACGCUAAACUAGAUGGUGAGCGUUGUAAGCGUGAUGCUGCUGAACAUCGACAUGUUCACUUCAUUGUGAGUGCCAUGGUAGAAUUUCUGUAGUCGUGUUAUGCUGACUUUCAGUCCAAAUUUACUUAGUCAGAAAUUGUUUGUUUGCUCCGCCCACUGAGAUUUAACCAAUGAAAUGAUUUCUGCCUCCAAAGCAGCUUUGCCUCUAAAAAAAAAAAAAAAAAAAAAAAA